CUUCCAGGGGCCGGCCCCCUGCAGCCUGGUCCAAUCGGGUGCCGACACGGAGCCCUUGGACACCAACCACCGCUGUAGCCCGCACUUUCUUCCUUAUAUGGGAAGACCUGGCUUGGACGCCGGGCCCUGACUAUAAAACCCCUCCCCACCCCUCAUACCUCGCAGACUCCCUUUGUCUCCUCACUCACCCGCCCCCGGGAGUUCUGCCUGAGAGCGACGCUUAAUAAAGGCCUUUACCACCGGUCCUUAGAGGCGGCUUUUUUCCUCCCGCAGCAUUUUCCUAACAUCUGGCGCCCCAACAUGGGACCCGAGGUGAGGGCCCCUGGCACUCGCCGUUGAGGCCCCCUCGAGCUCCACCGCCGCGGUAGCCCCGGACCCAGGCGGCUGACCAACCCCCCGGACGGCUGGAUACGGGUUCUCCCAGCAGGUGGCUACGGCUCUGGGCAUCGACUGGCAUCUCCACAUCCCCUAUUGGCCCCAGUCGUCAGGCAAAGCAGAACGGGUGAACGGCAUCAUCAAGACGCACCUGACCAAGCUUGCCUCAGAACUGCGGCUGUCUUGGGUCGACCUCCUUCCUCUGGCGCUCACUCGCAUUCGCACCACACCUCAUUCCAAAACAGGUAUAGCUGGGCCCAGAGGGUGUGUGUGGUUUACUGCACAGCUGGUGGCUGCAUCUGCAGAGCUGAGAACAACUGGAUCUUCUUCACACUCAGCCAGAGGAAGACUCCUGGAAAGAGCUUCUAUCAAGACAGAUAAGGAAAGCAAAUGGAAUUACCCAACUUCAGCUGUACCUGGGAGGGUGGAGAGUGUCCCAGAGGCCCUGGAGCAGGAGGAGCAGCAGAGAAGAGACAGGGCACCUGCCAGUGCCAGGAGCUGAAGAAACUCCACACAAACAGACCCACAACCAGGAAAGUGGUGAAACGACACCUUCUUCCAGCCUGACACAGAAGGGUGAGAUCUCUGAGACCCUGCUGCUGCCACCAUGAGCUCAGAAGAUCCCAGGAACCGCUCAGAGAGACAAAGCUUUUUUGAGGAUGUCGUUGAGUUUCUCCAAAAGAGUGUGAGAUGGGAACACCUGAAAUUCCUGCUCGAAGACAAACCCUGGGAGAAUUUUGUGACCAAGGUCAAUUUGUCCAGGGAAGAAGCAAAUGUACUCCGUGAACAUCUGAUCAAGCUGCUAACAGACUUGGCCGGGGAGGACCCAGGCAGGCUCCAAAAAUACCAGCAGGAAAAGGAGAGGUUUUUGAAGGAGUUUCCUCAGGUAAAACAGAAGCUGAAGGAGAGCAUAAAAAAGCUCCGUGAGCUCGCAGACCAUGUUGACAAGGUGCACAGGGACUGCACCAUCUCCAAUGUGGUAGCCUCCUCCACUGGCAUUGCGUCUGGCACCCUGAGCAUCCUUGGCCUGAUUCUUGCACCCUUUACAGGGGGUCUCAGUCUGGGACUCUCAGCUGCUGGAAUAGGGCUGGGAGCAGCAUCUGCUGUAACAGGUGUGUCCACCAUGGUGGUAGAAAAGGUAAACACGUCAUCAGCAGAAACCCAGGCCAGUCUCCUUGACACAGCCGAAAUAAUAUCCUAUGUAAUUGAUCUCUACCAUGUUAAAGACUUAGGGAUGUAUAUUCAUGCCAUCAGGGUGGCCAAUGACAACCCUGAAUUAGAAGCCACUGAGCCACUGCUCAGCAGGCUAAUAACCACCAGGCAAGUCUCUGUCCAAAGUGACGAACAGGUGAGGCCUUUCGAAGGCACACCUCUGGCAGCGACUAGAACAGCCCGCAUCGCGAGUGGAGUCACAUCAGGUUUAUUCUUGGCACUGAACGUGUACUCCCUGGUGAAAGAAGUACAGGACUUGCAGGAGGGGGCAAAGACAGCAUCGGCUGAAAACAUGAGGCAGAAAGCCCAGGAGCUGGAGAAGAAGUUGGAGGAGCUCACCUGGGUCUAUGAGAGUCUGCAAUAGGGCCCAACUGGGCCACCCCUAGAGCAGUGCAGGGACCGGGGACAUGUGCAGAGUCAUGGGGAGAAACCACUUGUUUUGGACUAAAGAAGACACAGAGGGCAGAAUAAGGGAGAGACAGGGAGACUAGCAGUGAGAGGCCAGGAAUAGGGGAGCUUUGAAAAUGGGAGAAAGUCAAAGAGUUAGGAUUGUAGAGAUCCAGCACAAGUAGCAGGGGCUCCUCUGUCGCCCUCCUCAGGGUUUGAUAUUCCAGCAAGAAGGGUUUCCCCCUGGUGACAGUCUCUAGCCCUACUUCGCCAGCAUCAACUCACCUUUGAACUUAGUAGGUAGUGACCUGUUUGUUUCCAUGUUUUAUUAAAGUUAGUUGAUUUACAAUAUUGUAUUAGCUUCAGGUAUAUAGCAAAGUGAUUCAAUUAUACAUGUAUCUAUAUACAUAUUUGUUCUUUUUAAAUUUUUUAUAAAU